UCCCGUAAGAAGAUCCUCCGGACAGGCCGUUAAACUGCCCAGUCCGCCGCACAACCCCGAGAACACCGGUUUUCCGGCGAAACACCGAACCCGAGCCGGCUCUCCCGUGACGGGACGGGUCGCGAUAAUUCAGGGUUCAGCCGAAGAUCGGGUUGAAGAGACGGGCUCGUCCCCCGGACGGCGAGCGUAAAAGAGAAUGAUCCGGUGGGUCCGGGAGAGAUUCGGGAUUCUGUGAAGACGACGAACUGAGACGGACUUCCAAGCUUUCCUGCUCUCGUUUUUCCAAGGCGCCCGCUCAUCGGGACGGUGGACACAGACAGGAAGCACAGGCUGAGGACAGACGGGAGGGGACGGUUCCGAGCGGGGCUUGAACCCAGGACGCGGCGGUCAGGCCUGAGCCCGCGGGACGGCCUGAAGCCGCGGUUCAGACCCGGGUGGGUGUCUGCCGACGACCGCGGGGCGAGCGGACGGUGGCUGCUGAUGGGUCGCCAGCUAACGUUAGUGUGCCACAACACACGCUAGCUAGCCAGCCAGCUAGCUAGCUAGCCAGCCAGCCAGCCGGCUAGCUGCGACCAGCCAGCGUUCAGCGCGUCGGCUGAGCAGAACCGAGCCUGUGGAGCUGUCACCCCCGUGUUCCUGCCCUGAGAUGCUCAACAGUGACGAUGCAGCGCGACGUGAUAUCAGCCGUGACGAUGCCAUGUAAGCUAAAACACCAUUAGAACCGCAUCUGGAUGCACCGUCGGCCGCCGACGCCAUGGUGGGGCUGACAGCCGCCGUGUCUGGGCUCGUCUCUCCGGUGAAUAUUCAGAGGAAGGCCCCCCGCGCGGACUGCGGACGCCCCUGACAACUUCAUGUGAUAAAGCCAUUAGAAAACACGUCUCGUCCCCGAGGUAGAGAAGCCAUGCAGGCGGCCCCGGUCCAGUACGACUUCUUCAACGAGGAGAACGCCCCCAAAUGGCGCGGGCUGCUGGUCCCGAGUCUCAACAAGGUACUGAACCAGGUACAUCCUAAGCUGACCUCCCAGCAGGAGGCGCUGGAGUACAUAGAAGAGCUCAUCCUGCUGCUGCUCAGUAUGCUGUGUCAGGCCCAGCCCCGCAGUGUGCAGGACGUGGAGGAACGCGUUCAGAAGAGCUUCCCUCACCCCAUUGAUAAGUGGGCGAUCGCCGACGCGCAGGCGGCUAUAGAGAAGAGGAAGAGGAGGAACCCGCUGGCUCUUCCUGUGGAUAAGAUUCACCCCCUGCUGAAGGAGGUGCUGGGUUAUAAGAUCGACCACCAGGUGUCAGUGUACAUGGUGGCCGUGCUGGAGUACAUCUCGGCAGACAUCCUCAAACUGGCAGGAAACUACGUCCGCAACAUCCGACACUUUGAGAUCUGCCAACAGGACAUCACUGUGGCCAUGUGUGCUGAUAAGGUUCUGAUGGACAUGUUCCACCAGGAUGAAGAGGACAUCAGUGGGUUUCCUCUGAUGGAUGAAGAGCCGCUAGCGAGUGAGGAGCAGACCUACUAUGACCUGGUGAAGAGCUUCAUGGCUGAGGGCCGCCAAUAUGUCCGCCACCUCAACCUCAUUAUCAGAGUGUUUCGAGAACCAUUCUCCUCCAACCCCAUGCUCUUCUCUCAGCACGAUGUGGACAGUAUCUUCAGUCGUAUAGUGGACAUCCAUGAGGUAACAGUGAAGCUGUUGGGGUUGAUUGAAGACACUGUGGAGAUGACAGAUGAGGGGAGCCCACACCCUCUGGUGGGCAGCUGCUUUGAAGACCUGGCAGAGGAGCUGGCCUUCGACCCCUAUGAGACAUACGCUCAGGACAUCCUGCGCUCCGGUUUCCACGACCACUUCCUCAGCCAGCUUUCCAAACCUGGAGCAGCCUUCUACCUCCAGUCCAUCUGUGAAGGAUUCAAAGAGGCGGUGCAGUAUGUUCUCCCCCGGCUACUCCUCACUCCAGUCUACCACUGCCUGCACCACUUUGAGAUCCUGAAGCAACUGGAAGAGAAGAGCGAGGAUGAGGAAGACAAGGAGUGUUUGAAGCAGGCCAUCACCGCCCUCCUCAUCCUCCAGAGCAGCAUGGAGCGCAUCUGUUCCAGGAACCUGGCCAAGAGGAGGGUCAGCGAGUCGGCUUGCCGUUUCUACAGCCAGCAGAUGAAGGGGAAGCACCUGGCCAUCAAGAAGAUGAACGAGAUCCAGAAGAACAUUGAUGGCUGGGAGGGCAAAGACAUUGGCCAGUGCUGUAAUCAGUUCAUUAUGGAAGGUACGCUAACGCGUGUGGGUGCCAAGCACGAGCGCCACAUCUUCCUGUUUGAUGGACUGAUGAUCUGCUGCAAGUCCAACCAUGGUCAGCCACGCCUGCCGGGGGCCAGCUCCACAGCCGAGUACCGCCUAAAGGAGAAGUUCUUCAUGAGAAAAGUCCAGAUCAAUGACAAGGACGACAAGGAGGGGGAGUACCGCCACGCCUUCGAGAUCAUCCUGAAGGAUGGGAACAGUGUGGUGUUUGCCGCCAAGUCGGCGGAAGAGAAGAACGGCUGGAUGGCAGCGCUGAUCUCGCUGCAGUACCGUAGCACGCUGGAGCGUAUGCUGGACUCUGCCAUGAUGCAGGAGGAGAAGGAAGAGCAGAUGCGACUCCCUGAGUCAGAGCUCUACCGCUUUGCUGAGCCAGACUCCGAGGAGAAUGUGGUGUUUGAAGAGAACGUCCAGUCCAAGUCAGGUAUCCCCAUCAUCAAGGCGGGCACCGUUGUCAAGCUCAUCGAGAGGCUCACCUUCCACAUGUAUGCAGAUCCAAACUUUGUCCGAACAUUUCUGACCACCUACCGCUCGUUUUGUAAGCCGCAGGAGCUGCUGGACCUGCUCAUGGAAAGGUUCGACAUCCCGGAGCCCAGACCCACUGAGGCUGAGCAGAUGGAGAGCGGCGAGCAGCUGCUCAGUGCUGAACUCAAACGCUUCCGGAAAGAGUUCGUCCAACCGGUCCAGCUCAGAGUGCUGAAUGUUUGUCGCCAUUGGGUGGAGCAUCACUUCUAUGACUUCGAGAGAGACGCACAUCUGCUGAGACGACUGGAGGAGUUCAUCGCUUUGGUCAGAGGCAAGGCAAUGAGGAAGUGGGUGGAGUCUAUCACAAAGAUCAUCCAGAGGAAGAAGCAGGCCCAGGCCAAUGGGCCGAGUCACAACAUCACUUUCCAGAGCUCGCCACCCCCCAUCGAGUGGCACAUCAGCAAACCAGGCCAGACUGACAUGUUUGAUCUCAUGACCCUUCACCCCAUUGAGAUUGCCCGGCAACUCACCCUCCUGGAGUCAGACUUCUACCGGGCAGUGCAGCCAUCAGAGCUUGUGGGCAGCGUUUGGACCAAAGAGGACAAGGAGCUCAACUCCCCCAACCUGCUGAGGAUGAUACGCCACACCACUAACCUCACCCUCUGGUUUGAAAAGUGCAUUGUUGAAUCGGAGAACCUCGAGGAGCGGGCAGCCAUCGUCUCUCGAAUCAUCGAGAUCCUGCAGGUCUUUCAGGAGCUCAACAACUUCAAUGGGGUUCUAGAGGUGGUUAGUGCCAUGAACUCCUCGCCCGUCUACAGACUGGACCACACCUUCGAGCAAAUUCCCAGCCGACAGCGAAAGAUACUGGAGGAGGCUCAUGAGCUGAGCGAGGACCACUAUAGGAAGUACCUCGCCAAGCUGCGCUCAAUCAACCCCCCCUGCGUCCCUUUCUUUGGAAUCUACCUGACCAACAUCCUGAAGACGGAGGAGGGAAACCCGGACUUCCUGAAGAGACAUGGCAAGGACCUGAUCAACUUCAGCAAGCGCAGGAAGGUGGCCGAGAUCACUGGCGAGAUCCAGCAGUACCAGAACCAGCCCUACUGCCUGCGCGUGGAGAAUGACAUCAGGAAGUUCUUUGAGAACCUGAACCCCAUGGGAGACAUGGCGGAGAAGGAGUUUGCAGACUACCUGUUCAACAAGUCACUGGAAAUCGAGCCGCGCAACGUCAGGUCCUUACCUCGAUUUGCUAAGAAGUACAACUGUCCGCUCAAGUCCCCGGGGGUUCGUCCGUCCUCCACCCGGCCCGGCACCAUGCGCCAUCCAACCCCGCUUCAGAACGAACCCAGGAAGAUCAGUUACAGCCGGAUCCCCGACAGCGAGACAGAGGGUGGGGCCGCAUCCGCCCCCAACUCUCCCCGCACCCCACUUACACCCCCGCCGGCCUCGGCAGCCUCCAGCUCCACGGAUGUGGGCAGUGUUUUCGAUUCCCCACAGGGCCCGAGUAGUCCCUUCCACUCCAGGUCGUCGUCUGUCUCUUCCAUGGUGAGUUUCAGUCGGACUUCGGAAGACACCCCAGUCCCCCCUCCGGUUCCGCCCCGCAGACGACCCGAGUCUGCCCCUGCUGAGUCCUCCCCCUCCAAGAUGAUGUCGAAGCACCUGGACAGCCCCCCCGCCAUCCCACCCCGCCAGCCAAAGCUCCAACCCCCCCGCUCGCCUCCCCGCUCCUCCUCCCUGUCAGAGCCUCCGCCAGAGAGUCCCCCCUCCCUGCCCCCCCGGGAGCCCCUCAGAACGCCGGACGUCUUCAGCUCCCCACUGCACCUCCUGCCCCCCCCACAGGGCCGUACCCGCUGCCCCUUGGGCCAGGCAUUCUUCCCCCCACCCUCCUCCCCCUGCCCCCUCACCCCACCUCCUGCUCCCACCCCCUCCCCUUCGCCGGGGCCCCGCAAACUCCUCCCCUCUCCACCUCCUCCACCCCUCCUCCUCUCGGACUACGAGCCCCUCCCUCCGGGUGCCACCGGCCCGCCCGUGCCCCCCCGCCACAGCGGUCUUGAGGGCGGAGUCCCCAAACUGCCUCCCAAAACCUACAAGAGGGAGUCAGUGGGCCAUGCCCCCCAAGCCACACUACUGGAGAACUCCAACCCCUCCUAGAGUCAGCGCAGGGCUCUGAUUGGACAGUCUGGAGGGGUGGGCGGAGCCCAAAGGAGGUUACACUACAGCCUGUUGGACCAGGAAAAAACAUUGUAUGUUUGAAAAAGAAAAAAGAAACACAACAACCACCCAAUCAGAAGGUUGUGAUGCCACAUAGACUGGUCAAAAAAAAAUAAUCAUGUGCCCUUAUAUGGAAAAAAAACCAAUGUAUGAAAGAUGAUUGUGUCACAUCCAGAAGAGACUAUUACAGAUGUCUGUCUGUCUGUCUGUAGGUCCAUCUGUCUGUAUGUCUGUCUAUUUCAAUCUGAGGUUGUCAGAACUUCUCUCGCUGACUUCUGACCUUCAAGCCCAGACCUGAAGUCGCUGACACACGGUGCCGAACGUGGUGGGAUCCAGACCGCCUCGUGAGGUGGGCGUGACUUGUUUCUCACAUCGUUAGCAUGUUCUGCCAGGGGCACGGCUUCAGGUACCUUCCCACACCAAAGAGGUACUUCUUUUCAGAACAGACAAAUGUUAGUGCUUUUCAAUGCUGAUCCUCUCUCUGUUUGGCCAAUCAACAUGUAAAAAAGAUGAUUGCCUUCUUGAAACAAGGGAAUAAAGUGUUUCUGCCUUCUGGGCUGAAUGGA